AUGAACCGGGCCUGGGCUGUGUUCAAGGCUCAUCCGUACAUCAGCAACAUCCUGGGAUACACAACGCUGUUUGCCUCUGCGGACCUCAUACAGCAGCGUGUGCUGGGCGGGAAACACGCUGCAGGAGACUCAGCCGGCAUCAACUGGUGUCAGACGGCUCGAGUGGCAACUGUCGGCUUCUGUUUCCAUGCCAACUUCAACUACCACUGGCUCCGAGGGCUGGAGAGGAUGCUGCCCGGAGGCGGCGUGAAGGCAGUGAUGGGGAAAGUUGUGGUGGAUCAGCUGAUCGCGGCUCCUCUCACUAUCAGUGCCUUUUAUAUUGGUUUAAGUCUAUUAGAAAACAAAGAUGACCCGCUUGAAGACUGGAGACAGAAAUUCUGGACAUCUUACAAGACUGGAGUGGUAUUUUGGUCAACAAUGCAGGCAGUGAACUUUUCCCUGGUCCCCCCUGUGGCACGGACAGUGUUUCUGGGAGGCAUCUCACUGGCUUUCACUAUCUUCCUGUGUAACCUCAGACAGCAGAGUGACAACAAACCUGAACAAACUGGAGAGAACUCCAAUGACUGCGACAUUUGAAAAGGUUUAUUUAAGGGCAUACUAUUGUGAAAGCCAUUAACUGCAAAAACAAUAGAACAAGAUAACGGUCACAUAUCUGUGUAUCAGCCUGCAUGGGUUAUUGUUCAGCUGUAAUUUUGACUUCCCUGUCUGCUGACAGAAUACUUUAUCGAAAUGUGAAUGACAAUUAUCCAGCAGCUGUUAUUAUUUUUUGUACCUGCGUGAUUAAUAACUUUAUUGAUUUUCCCCUAGACUUUAGCCAAUAAAAGUGAAGUAAAAAGCUA